UGCAAAGUGCAGCAGGUGCAUCACAAUUUGCUGUAGCGACAAUACAUUAUCUUAUUUUUUUUUUUAGACAAAAAUGGGCCAGUGUGGAAUUACGUCAUCCAAAACCGUCUUGGUUUUCCUCAAUCUCAUAUUUUGGGCUGCUGCGGGCAUAUUGUGCUACAUCGGCGCGUAUGUGUUCAUCACGUACGACGACUACGACCAUUUCUUUGAGGACGUAUACACUUUGAUUCCAGCUGUCAUCAUAAUCGCCGUCGGCACUCUCCUCUUCAUCAUCGGCCUGAUUGGCUGCUGCGCCACGAUACGCGAGAGCUCCUGUGGUCUGGCCACUUUUGCUGCCAUUUUGCUGCUGGUGUUUGUAACAGAGUGCGUUGUGGUGGUGCUCGGCUACAUAUACAGGGCAAAGGUAGAGGAUGAGGUGAACCACUCCAUCCAGAAGGUUUACGACGAAUACAACGGCACCAACACGGACGCUCCAAGUCGUGCUAUAGACUACGUGCAGAGGCAGCUCCACUGCUGCGGCAUUCAUAACUACUCGGAUUGGAGGUACACUCGCUGGUUCAAAGAGUCCAAAAACAAUAGCGUCCCCGUCAGCUGCUGCCAGCCUAACAUCAGCAAUUGCACCGGCACCCUGACCCGACCGGGCAACUUAUACCAGGAGGGUUGUGAAGCUCUGGUGGUGAAGAAGUUAAAGGAGAUCAUGAUGUACGUCAUUUGGGCCGCGCUAACGUUUGCGUCCAUACAGAUGCUGGGCAUGCUGUGCGCCUGCGUGGUGCUCUUCAGGCGGAGUCAUGACCCGGCGUACGAGUUGCUGGUCACCACCAACAGCUACGCCUGAAUCCCCCACCCAGAAAGGGGUCGUCACACCACUUCAUGGUAGAUUUCCGCUGUAGUUCUCUCAUAUAUUUAAAGCAUAUACUCUAAGCUUGAGCACACCUGGCACAAUCCGAUAAAGUAGCGAACACUGGCAACGAGUGGGGUUCAAACAGGAAGAGCCACCUAUUUAUUAUUAUUAUUAACGUCAUGCUUUGUAACUUCUUUUUAAUGUUCUUUUUUGUCCUUCCUUAAAUUGGUUUUAAAAAAGGCUCAUUCAGUCAGAAUGGAAAAAAUGACAUCGGUGCUUAAGGGUUGAAUUUUUGUAUGAAACCAGAAUUUAGUAGGAAAUUCCCCAAAAAACUGUUAUUACUAGAAAAACAGCAUGACUAAAAUAUGUUAUGGGAGGCUGAUUGACUUAAUCGUCAUGCUUUGGACUCUUUUCCUAUAUGAAGUAAUGGAAAUAUAAAUAAAGUUAAAGAAAGUUAAAGUACCAAUGAUUGUCACACACACACUAGGUGUGGCGAAAUUAUUCUCUGCAUUUGACCCAUCACCCUUGAUCACCCCCUGGGAGGUGAGGGGAGCAGUGGGCAGCAGCAGUGGCCGUGCCCGGGAAUCAUUUUUGGUGAUUUAACCCCCAAUUCCAACCCUUGAUGCUGAGUGCCAAGCAGGGAGGUAACGGGUCCCAUUUUUAUAGUCUUUGGUAUAACUCGGCCGGGGUUUGAACUCACAACCUACCGAUCUCAGGGCGAACACUCUAACCACUAGGCCACUGAGUAGGUAGGUGUAAUGUUCAAACUGUCACCAUAAAACCUUCAAUAACAGUAAAGGCAAUCUUUCAACCUUUUAACUCUGUUAACUGUCAUACAAAAGAAGUUAAUACAUUCUUUAAUAGCAAAGACAAUGGGUGUACAGUAGUUGGUAGCCAUUUAACCCGCAGCUAGCGCUAAGCAGUUAACUAGCAGUCAACUCCAAACAAAUCAAGAAUCAAAACACAGGCACAGCUACUCCUUUGAGCCGAGUUGAGGUCUUGUGAGAUUUGUUAACUUCUUUCAAGAUUCCUUGUCUUUGUUACGUCACGAUUACUGGCGACAAACUGUGUGACAUUUUGUAGCAUCGAAUUAAAGAGAUUUCACUAAAUUAGGAAUAUUUGAUGUCAUUCAUUGUAAUUAAAUUGCGCCCAUUGUACUUAUUACAGUACAUUUAUUUUCAUAGAAAAUCCUAUUAAGUGGCUGAUAGGUUUUGUAUGGGAUCUAUUUCCUCAUGUGCUACUUUAGCUUUGGUUGUUCUGAUGCAAACAUACAGAAACAAAUAUGAUAACACCCCCGCCCGUCCUAAGAAGUCGGAUUUAGACUCUUUCCCCAUUUUAUUUUUAUGCUGUGAAUUUCCUCCUGAAUCCGCUUCACUAUUGAAGCUCUGUGAAUAUACGAGGCGGUGUGAGCCCGUCACCAGUGUUGUCAGUGCGUGUAUUAUCAGUGUUAUCUUGUCUUUUCCAGUUCCUCUGUUUACUCUCUUAGUCAUAAGCCCUUGAGGUGGAAUUAUUUAUUUUAUAUCUUUGAUUUUAUAUACAUACGGUAUAUAUAUAUCUUUGUGUCUGUGUGGGAAUUUGUGCUGUUAUAUUUCUUUAUUUUGAGUUGUUACAAUACAUUGAUCCCGAAAUACUUUUGCGGGAGCUGCAAGAAAAAGAGGGAUGAACAAAAUGGUGUGUAGAUUUGAUUUGAACAGUAAACCAAUAAAGUCAUACAUUUCAACUUGA